GUGCUAAGUAAUAGUAUAUAAUUUUGCAAUUGCAAUUAAAACGUAACGUGCAACAAAAACAUUUCAUUUUAAAGCACACAUUUCAUUUACAUACACAUGUACAUAUGUACGUGCUUAAAGAAUAGCUAACUAGAAUCAGUUGCGAGCGAAAUAUUAAAAGUCAAUCAGUGAGUUCCAGCCAUUGUCAUUGUUGUGAUUGUUGCUGUUAUUGGUUGACAUGGAGUGGACCUGGUUUAAGGACUGGUGGCGCCUCAAAAAGUUGCGCGUGCGCCAUCAGCGUCACAAAAUGAAAUUGGAAGCAGCAGCCGCUGCUGCCAUUGCCACGGCCAGCGCUGCGCCGGGCAUUGAGACGGCAACGGCUGCUGAGGAAGCAGGCAACGGGCAGGAGGGCACAACGCUGGGCACAGCUCGACGGAAUAGCCUUACUGCCAACACCAGUCGCCGUGCCCGACGUGCCGGCCAAAAGCGUCGCAGACUGAAGCAGAGGCAGCGACGCAGCCAGAGUGCCGGCAAUCUGGAAAGCCGGGACGAUGAUAGCAGCGACCAUGGCGAGUACGGACCCUUCAAUGUCAGCGACUAUGAAGACUAUGGCAUCGUUGAUGCCGCCAAUUGUGAUGACAGCGAUGACUUCUGUUUCUGUGAUGAGUGCUUGAAUGGCGACACCGAUUUCGGUGACAGCAAUGACGGCAUGGACUCGGACACGAGCAACUCGUCGAGCAACAGCAAGCAGGUUGUUGUUGGGAUCUGCGCGAUGGCCAAGAAGACACAAUCGAAGCCAAUGAAGGAGAUCCUAACACGUCUGGGUGAAUUCGAGUUCAUCAAGCUGGUCACAUUUGAGGAGCAUGUGAUAUUGCGGGAGCCGGUUCAAAAUUGGCCCACCUGCGAUUGUCUGGUCUCCUUUCACUCGAAAGGCUUCCCGCUGGAGAAGGCCAUUGAGUAUGCGCAGCUGCGUAACCCAUUUGUGCUCAAUAAUCUGCACAUGCAGUACGAUAUACAGGAUCGUCGACGCGUCUACGCCAUAUUGGAGAAGGAGGGCAUUGAAAUACCGCGCUAUGCGGUUCUCGAUCGCGACUCACCGGACCCGAAACAUCAUGAGCUUAUCGAGUCCGAGGAUCAUGUGGAGGUCAAUGGCAUAACAUUUAACAAGCCGUUUGUGGAGAAACCGGUCUCAGCGGAGGAUCACAACAUUUACAUCUAUUAUCCGACAUCGGCAGGCGGCGGUAGUCAGCGUCUAUUCCGAAAGAUUGGCAGUCGUAGCAGUGUCUACUCCCCAGAGUCACGUGUACGCAAGACCGGCUCCUUCAUCUAUGAGGACUUUAUGCCCACCGAUGUCUACUUUUCAGGUACCGAUGUCAAAGUCUAUACCGUGGGGCCCGAUUAUGCGCACGCCGAAGCACGCAAGAGUCCGGCCCUGGAUGGCAAAGUGGAGCGGGACAGCGAGGGCAAGGAAAUACGAUAUCCGGUCAUACUCAAUCACUCCGAGAAGCUUAUAUCGCGUAAGGUGUGUCUGGCCUUUAAGCAGACCGUCUGCGGCUUCGAUCUGCUGCGCGCCAAUGGCAAGAGCUAUGUGUGCGAUGUGAAUGGCUUUAGCUUCGUGAAGAACUCAAAUAAGUAUUACGAUGACUGCGCCAAGAUAUUGGGAAACAUGAUAUUACGCGAGCUGACGCCCACACUGCACAUACCCUGGUCCGUGCCCUUCCAACUGGACGACCCUCCAAUUGUGCCGACAACAUUCGGCAAGAUGAUGGAACUACGCUGCGUAGUGGCCGUCAUAAGGCAUGGGGAUCGAACGCCCAAGCAGAAGAUGAAGGUGGAGGUGCGACAUCCCAAAUUCUUCGAGAUCUUCGAGAAGUACGAUGGCUAUAAGCUGGGCCACGUCAAACUGAAGCGACCCAAGCAACUACAAGAAAUUCUGGAUAUAGCACGGUUCCUACUUUCCGAAAUACACACCAAGACACAUGUGGAAAUUGAGGAGAAGGAGAGCAAGCUGGAGCAGCUAAAGAAUGUGCUGGAGAUGUAUGGUCACUUCUCGGGCAUUAAUCGGAAGGUGCAGAUGAAAUAUCAACCGAAGGGUCGGCCACGUGGCUCCAGUUCGGAUGACGCCGACACGCCCGCAGAACCUUCGUUGGUGCUUAUUCUUAAAUGGGGCGGUGAGCUAACGCCCGCCGGACGCAUACAGGCCGAGGAGCUGGGUCGCAUCUUCCGCUGCAUGUAUCCAGGGGGCCAAGGCCGCUCAGACUACUCCGGCACUCAGGGUCUGGGUCUACUGCGUCUGCACUCAACUUUCCGGCAUGAUUUGAAAAUCUAUGCCUCGGAUGAGGGUCGCGUCCAAAUGACUGCGGCCGCCUUUGCCAAAGGUCUCCUGGCACUGGAGGGUGAGCUUACGCCCAUAUUGGUGCAGAUGGUGAAGAGCGCCAACACAAAUGGGCUGCUGGACAACGACUGCGACUCUAGCAAGUAUCAGAAUCUUGCCAAAGGACGCUUGCAUGAGCUGAUGCAGAACGAUCGCGAGUUCACGAGCCAGGAUCGUGAAUUGAUCAAUCCGUGCAACAGCAAGUCCAUUAAUCAGGCGCUUGACUUUGUCAAGAAUCCGGUGGACUGUUGCCAUCAUGUGCUUCUGCUCAUACGGGAACUGUUGCACAUAAUCAGCAUUAAAAAGGACGAUCCCAAGACCAAAGAUGCUAUUUUAUAUCAUGGCGAGACAUGGGACUUAAUGCGUUGCCGCUGGGAAAAAAUUGAGAAAGACUUUAGCACGAAGUCCAAACUAUUCGACAUAUCCAAAAUACCUGAUAUAUAUGACUGCAUCAAGUACGAUCUUCAACACAACCAGCACACGCUGCAGUACGAUCAAGCGGAAGAGUUGUACAUAUAUGCGAAGAAUUUAGCGGACAUCGUUAUACCCCAAGAGUAUGGCCUAACACCGCAGGAGAAACUUGCGAUUGGCCAAGGCAUCUGUUCGCCGUUGUUGCGUAAGAUUAAGGGGGACCUGCAACGGAAUAUUGAUGAGGUCGAGGAUGAGUUUAUGAACCGCCUAAAUCCGCAUUACAGCCAUGGUGUGGCGAGUCCGCAACGUCAUGUUCGGACUCGGCUCUACUUCACCAGUGAGUCGCAUGUCCACUCCCUGCUUACGGUGCUCCGCUACGGUGGACUGCUGAACGUCGUCACGGACGAGCAGUGGAGACGCGCCAUGGACUACAUCUCGAUGGUGUCCGAGUUGAAUUAUAUGUCACAGAUCGUCAUUAUGUUAUACGAGGACCCAACCAAGGAUCCCACCUCGGAGGAGCGUUUCCACGUCGAACUGCACUUCAGUCCGGGCGUCAACUGCUGUGUGCAAAAGAAUCUACCCCCGGGUCCGGGUUUCCGGCCACACUCACACAGCGACAACACUUGCAAUGUGAGUGUUCAGUCAUCCGAAGAGUCGAAUCCAUCGCGCAUUGAAGAGGAGAUCGAUAUCGCUGAGGAUACUCAGAGCAAGAAGCGGUGCUCUUUAAUUUCAAAUCCCCGUAAUUCCGAGCGCAUCUCAGGCAUAAGCACGGAACGUGGCUAUUCCUCGUUCACCUUUAAUCGCCUGAGCUCAAAGCAACUGAAGUCCAAGCCCAUACCCAUUGGCGCCCAUCACACCGUCAGCGGGCACGAGGCAAUGGAUCUGGCAAAACGCCUCAAUGAAGAGCUUGCCUCACAACAACAAUUGCACCAUCAGCAGCAGCACCACACGGCCCUGGACAUUCGACCUAUCAGUCCAGACAUACGCGCCGUUAGUCCCGACUGCGAGCCACGUUCGCGCAGCUUCGAGCAGCGACCGACUACCACCUGCGGCCAGGAUCAGGAUAGCACAGUCUCAGCCUCGGUCUCCUCGGCCAACUCAUCGACAUCAUCGCGCCGCCAAAGACACAGUAUUGCCGGCCAGAUGUCCUAUAUGAAAAUGUUGGGUUUCGGUGGUUUUAGCAAAAAGAUGGCCACCAGCGCGAAUAGCCUUUUCAGCACGGCGGUCAUUAGCGGCAGCUCGUCGGCGCCGAAUCUACGCGACAUGAUACCGGUAUCAUCGUCCGGAUUCGGGGAUGUGCCGCCCAUACGCCCACUGGAAACGCUACACAAUGCGCUGUCGUUACGCAAGCUGGACAGCUUCCUGCAGGACAUGAUCUUUGCGCAAAUCUUUAAGACACCCACAGGCUCACCGCCGCGUGUUGUCGAGCUGCCCAUUAGCACCGUGUCCUCGAUGACGCUGAAUCAACGGGAAGAGGGCACUGUGCCAUCGAUUCUGCAUCGCGGUCCGAGCAUCCUCACGUGCGAAUCCUGCGAUCGUGGCGGCAGCGAGGCGGGCUCCAACGUUGACAACGUUUUGCGACGAACCGUCGGCAGCAUACGGCCCGAGUCCGCCGUCGAGAAUCUGGAGAGCAAUUACGAUUUAACGAAAAUGGCGAUGGCGAAGAAACUGCUGUGGCAGCAACAACAGCAGCAAGACAGCCUGCAGUCGGAGGAGAUGGCUCAAGAGCCGCUGGCUAAGAUGCCAGCAUUGAGCGGCGUGUGUUCGGGCCUUAUGCCCAUCGUGGAUAUCCAUACGGUUGACGUCGACGUGGAGGCGGACCUUGAGGCGACCGCAGAGGCUGAACUGGGGGCCUAUGCGCCCAUGAACCAGGAUACGUUAGACGGCGGCGUCUUUCUCAGCGUUUGUGCGGGCAGUGCGAGCAGCGAUCGCGAUGAGAAGAGCAGUGCUUGUCUUACGCCGGUCAGCUUCGGCAUGGAUCUGAGCAUGGUGGCCAACAAGGGCUCCAUGACGCUAUCCGUAGAUGGCUUCGAUGACGAUGAAGAGGCCACACUCUCGGCCGGCACUACACCAUCGCUGCCCAUGGAUGAGCCCCAGCUGGAAACUUGCUAUUGUUGUCCCUCGCACGCCGGCCACAUGGAACCCCCCGACGUGGAAGUGGAUGAUCCAAAAUUCAAUUUCGCGCUUACCAUGCCCCUAGCCGUACCCGAUACGCGUGUCACGCAUGCCUCCCCCGAACGUGUUGCCGUCCACGCUGGUGCAGAGGCAGUCGAUGACGAUGGUGGCACAUUUAACAAGAGUAAUGUACGUCGGGCUCACGAUCCCAUUUCGCCGCGUAUUCAGAAGCAGAUAAGUCUAUUUGAGAGUGGCGGCUUUGAGUGCGCAGGCUCAAGUUCCGGUCUGAAGGACAAUAGUGCUCUGCACGCGUCGAUUAACCUUCCAGCGGCGGGCAGCUCUCAGCUACUACGACAGGAUGCCCGCUUGCGAAAAUUCGAGAAUCUCACGCAGUCCACAUCGAACUCGAACUUUCCCUUUGAGAGCAAUACGCUGAAGCGUGCUCCAAUGCCGGCCAAGGACUAUGCGGAUGUCUCGCACACGCAGUCCUGCAUUAAUCUGAAAAGCAACGCUUUUGCAUGUUGCAGUGGCGCUGCCGUUGCCGCCGGUGGUGGGGGUGGCGGUGGCGGUGGUUGCGUUGGUAGCCAGGCUGGCCACGGACCUGAGAGCGUCAGUGGCGUGACUACCGCCUCUGUCUCAUCAUACAGCUCGCCCAGGCAUCAAGCAGUGGCCGCACAUGCCGCCGGUGUCACCGCCGCAACGCACUAUAGAUUGUGCAAUGCACUAUCGGCUUGCUCCUCUCUGGAUGCCACUCCCCAUCCGGGCGCCCUCAUCGUCAAGGAAUGCUUUAUUGAGCCGCCCAAGCGCAUUAUACGCGGCUACAAUGGGAAAACUCAGUCAAUGGACGCAGACUUUCUCUUCAACGAGUUUCUGCUGCUUCCGGCAAUGGCCUCAACGCUUCCGCACACCUCCGAUGGCACCAACAGUGGCAGCAAUACGCCAUCCACACGCUUCCUUACGGCCAAGCUAUCCCUGGAUGAGCCAGAGUCGCCGGCCUAUGCGGCUGCUGCUGCCGCGGCUGCGGCUUCGUCUGGGCCUGGAUCGGGAUCUGUGCCAGCCAGUCAGCAGCAACGAAAGUAGAGUUGCUGGAAUAUUCUUCUCCAUAGAUAUAAUCUAUUAAACCAAUAUAUUAACUAACUAAAGUUCUAUUGUAAAUUGUUGUUGUCUGUUGGCCCUUAAAAUGGUAAAAUAAAAAACUCAAAGGUCUAUUUUUCUGUCCAAA